UCUGUGUACGGUAGCGAAUUAAAAAGAGCGGGAAAGCGCAAGAAGAAGUCUGAAAUUUUUUCUUUUUAGACGACAUUACAACACCUGUAUAUCCUUUUCUUGCAAAAUCCAAAACUACAGCAACUAAUUUUUCAAAGCAAUCGACAUGGAGAGCUCAGUCGAAGCGACGCAAAAUGCAGUGGAAGAUUGUCUACUGGCCAUCAAAGAAUCCAAGAUACUUGAAGAUCGCAUUGAGCUUAUGAACCAGUUAGGGGACACAGCUCCAACAAGAACUUCUCAUGUCUAUCAGAUUGUUGAAGCUCUCAUAGCCUUUUGGGAAGGAAGUUCAUGUUCCAGCAGCUCUCAGUGCAAGUUUAACAUGUCCAUCUUAAAUGUGGCACAACAAUACCUACAAUUUGUAGAUGCUUGUGACAUUUUUUGUCAGUAUGUCAUUCUUUCCACCAAGGCAAGCAAAUGGUGUGGAAAACAUUUCCACUCAUUAGUGCUUACAACAAAUGGGUCAAAAGACGAAAGCCACAUGUGCACUUUCAUUCAGUUGCUUUUAGUGUCUCUGAGUUUUGCUUCUGCUACAUCUUCAGCUUUGGCAAAGUGUUCUUACUUAUUUGAGGAUCAGUUUCUGUUGAGAGUGGAGGACUUUAUUUCGGAGCAAUUGACCUUAAUAAAGGUUGCAAUUUCAGAUAUCAAGCAAAUACAUGGCAAAGAACCAGAAACUGUUAAAGCUAGUCAGGAGCUUCUUGGUGCAGCGAUAAGGCUCUCCUCCAUUUACUGCCGAAGUAUAAAUUCCAAUGCCAACCAACCUAUGAAUGAUUAUAGAGAUGAAGUUACACCUCAUAUUGUUAAUAUAGCAUCCUGUGCAAUAGAAAACUUAUAUGAGUUAGGAAUAUUAGCAGCUACAGGUGGAGGUAAUUUGAUUGCAAUUUUGAACAUAUCUUGGAAAGGUGUGGUAUCCUUGCUACAGUUAGAGAUUGGCAAGGAGAUUAUGGCUAGCAAAGUGAAUAUAUCAAACAUUAUUUUAACUCUGAUAUCAUUGGCCACUGAAUCACUGAAACUUUCGGCACAAGUGUGGCUGCUGCAGUCUCCAGAUAGUAAGACUAUUUUACAUACUGUCACAGACCCUGAAGCAAGAAGGUCCUGCAUUCCUAUAAAGUUCUAUCUUUUAAAUGCUGUACGCAUUUCCUCUAGCUAUCCAAGCCAUGCCUUCAAAGUCUGUGAUGAUAUCAUGUCAUGUGUUUUGAAAAUUUCAGCUCUACGCUUUGCACUAGGUUUCCAAGAUCACCUUAGAGCUGCUUCCGAGGCAUUAGCAGAGAUCUUGGAGCCCACUUCUUUCCUUUUUCUGUGUUCAUUACUAAAUUCAGGAGAAGCAGGUUUGGACUUAAAGCUACGUGUACUUGAUAUAUUAUUUCCAAAUGACAGCAAAAUGUGCAGUUCAUCAUUAGAAGAAAAUGUGGAUGCGAUUCAUGUAGGGGAAAUCAUCAUACGUGGAUUAUUUUCUUCUACAAGUGAGGACAAUUCAUGCAGUGGAAUCUUGAUGCUUGGUCGUGUAGCUGUGCUUUUGAAUCUCCUAGAAAAUUCUUCAGACCUUGGAGCAGACAUGGUGCUUGCAAUUUCAAAAAGGCUUGACUGGCUUUUAGGUGCCAUGGCCCAAGAGGAUGUUUAUCUGUCAACACUAUAUGCCCAAAUUCCCACUAUUACUCAUUCUGAUCCUCCCUGUAAGUGUACCUGGCAGUUCAUGUUUUAUUAUAUUGCACAGGCAUUGAAAACCUUUCUAAUUGUGGCUGCUCCAAGUGCAGCAUGGAUAGAGGUUGAAUCAUUCCUUUUUCGGAAUAUUAUUCAUCCACAUGCCCUUUGUUAUGAACUUGUUUCGGAGCUUUGGUGUUUUACAAUGCGUCAUGCUCAAUUAGACUUGAUUGAGAAGAAUAUAGAUACACUCUGUUCACUUCUCAGAUCACUAGCAGUUUCUGACCCUACAUUUUACUCUCAUAAGUCUUUGAGAAAGCUUGCUAGAUCUAUAUGUACAAUUAUAGAACAGUCACCCAAAUCUGUAGUGGAGAAUGUCUAUAGUAAGUUAUUCAGUGAAUAUGACAUCGUAUCAAAGCCAUCAGUGGUCAUUGCUGCAGCACUCUUAGAGGAAGGUUUCCCAUUGCAUUUAUUAUCAGAGAACUCUAAGAAACAUACUGUGCUGAAAAUUACAAAUGCAUUUCUCGAACUUGUGUUGAAAUUUAGUGAGAAAUUGGGGGGAAUGCGUUCCAGAUAUUCUCCAUGUGCAUCUUCAUCUUCGAUCAAAGAACCCAUCUAUUUUCUGUCUUUGAUGUUAUCACAAUGUAAACUUGAAGAAGUUGAAAUUAAUGAUGAAUGUGUUGGUAAAGUCCCAAAGCUUGCAGUUGCUCUUAUCAAAUCAUACAAAUUAGCUAAAGAGAGAUCACAAAGACAUUAUUACAGCAAUCUUCUAAGCUAUACCUUGGAAGUGAUGUCAUAUGUGAAUCGUAGGCUUGGAUCUUGUGAUAUUAAGGAUGUUCUCACCACUUUAGAUGGCCUCUUCAUAAAUGGUGAUUCAAUAUCAGAUGAGGCACAAAUAGAAUUUAAACCAGCACUUGCUUUGUUCCUCGCAAGUUUAAGUUCAAUGGAAAUUCCUGAAGAUGAAGGAAAUGCUGCAAGUAAAGCAAUGUGGAAACUUUAUCAUCUCAUUUUAAGAGAAAGACAUUGGGCUGGUGUUCACCUUGGGCUUGCUUCUUUUGGGUAUUAUGCUGCACGCACUCCAUGCAAAGAAUUAUGGCGCUUUGUACCAUUGGAUGCAGCUUUGUCAUUUGACAUUAAAUCUGGUAAAGAAAGUAAUGUUGAGCAGUUUAUGUCUGAGUUAAAGUAUUUCUUAGAGAAGGAAGGAGCAUUAAAUUCCCUUUCAGUUUGUGAGGAAGAGAAAAACUUUCUAAGGAGAGAAGGCAUGCUGCAAAAUAAAAUAAUCAGGAACUACUGGCUGAAUAUUGAAAUAUCUUGUGGAGAGCAGAAGCAAAAUGAACAAGGUUUUGAAUCUCAGGAAAUGGAAAUUGAUGCAAAUAACAGUGGCAAGGAGGAAUCAGAGUUUUCAAUGAGCAUACAACAGGGAAUGUCAUUGCUACAAAAAGGUCUUUCAUUGCUGCAUGCAAAUUCUGCAAAAUGGCAGGACGAAGAAAGGUUUAAUUCAGAGCAGCGAGAUAAGCUGGCUGGUCAUCUCUUCUCAUUAGCCGACAUCAUAAAGGAAGUAGGAAGUACUUUUCAUAGUUCAGACUAUACUCUUGAACAGUAAGUGCAUCAUAUAGGUGUGCAUGGAUUACUUAUCUACCAUUUAUUGUGCUAGUGAAUGAAGACUGUUUUUCUCUAGUUAAUACUGAAUUGGGGAAGGCUGAGAUGUUUUAAUUCCCUAAAUAAUGGGAAUCUGUUACUUGGAUUUGGCCCAAAAAUGAUGCUGAAUGUUGAAGUCCUUCCACAUUUAUGGCUGGCCUCGAUAGAGGCUUCAUUCAGAUGAAGCAUAUCAUGCAACACAAAUUUGGUUCUGACAAUAGUCUUCAAGCAUUAAAAUGUUUCGUAUUGGCAUUCAGUUGUUGUAAUGCAAGCACUGUGCCAUGUGAUAAUAGAAGAUAAUAGAUAAGGAUCUAAUUGAACAUGGGAUGUUGGCAGUUGCUUGAUGCAACGUUCUCCUGAUGAUCAUUCUUUAGGUUUUAGCUAUUUGGGGUACUUGUGACCAAAUUUUUUUUGUAUUUGAUUUCACAUAUAUGGAGCUUUUCUACUGCUAAAUAGCUGGACAUCUUGGGCCUGUCUUUUUAUUGUGGGCUCUGGAAUUUCUAUGUUGUGUUGGAGAUUGUCAUUGGUGUAAGGGAUCACAGGGCUAAAAUUUCAAAUGAAUUUUUUAUAGAUGCUCAAAGAAAGACAUGCAACUUUAUAAAA